GAUGAUUUUGCCUUUCCUGGAACCAAUAUUGAGAGAGAGAGAGAGAGAGAACAGUCAUAUGUUUUCUAUCGCGCUGUCAUAUCUGUCACUGUCAGGUCCACUGUCAAGUGCACUGUUAAAUGCGCUGUUAAGUACGCUGGCAUCGGUGACAAUUGAUGAAAAUCGACUUCGUUCAACCACGUUAUUCGCACGUCCAACAAUUUCGAUUGUGCCUUCCUUUCUUAAUCGCGUGUCGUCUUCGCGUACGACGUAACCUGUUCUCUCGCGCUCCGUUAUUCGUGCAAUUUCGUUUAGACGAUUUCGCAUCCGCCUACGACUUUAUCUUCGGUUUCGCAGGUAAAUCUUGACGCUUCCACGUGUAAACCGCAAUGCACGAGUACUGCACAACUUAACGAGGUCAAUUCGCUGUGUUGGUGAAUGCUUCAUGUGCAGAACUUGAGCAGAGAGGCUAGAAAGAACGUAGAAGACUAGGCAAAAUUUGUUUGAAGGUGGUACUGGACUAUAUGGGAAGAAUGAACAGGAAAACCAAUAGUGCGUCAGCCAGGCUAAAGCAGGACUACCUCCGCCUCAAGAAGGACCCAGUACCAUAUGUACUAGCAGAACCAGUACCUUCUAACAUAUUAGAAUGGCAUUAUGUGGUGAAAGGACCAGAGAAGACUCCUUACGAAGGUGGCUUCUAUCAUGGCAAGUUAAUAUUUCCAGGGGAGUUUCCAUUCCAACCACCUAGCAUUUACAUGACUACACCAAAUGGCCGAUUCAAAGUCAAUACCAGAUUGUGUUUGUCCAUUUCUGACUUCCAUCCUGAUACAUGGAAUCCAGCGUGGAGUGUGUCUACUAUUCUUACUGGGUUACUUAGUUUUAUGAUCGAGAAAAGCCCUACGCUCGGUAGUAUUAGUACAACAGACGAUGAGAAAAGACAGCUAGCUGCGCAGAGCUUAGAGUACAAUUUGAAGGAUAAGAUGUUCUGCGAGCUCUUUCCAGAGACUGUUGAAGUAAUCCAAGCCGAACUAGAACGACGGAAAGAGCUGGAAAAACAAGCGAGGCACCAGUCCACUGCAUCUGAAGUUUCUUCGCUGAUACGGGACCAGUUGCAAAGAGAACAGAGCCCAUUCCACAGCGCACUAGCCAAUCUCGUCGUUAUUAUCGGCUUCGCGGCAUUCGCUUACACAGUGAAAUAUGUACUGAGGAGCAUCGCCACAGAAUGAAUAGAAAGCGACUCAAAGAUACCAUCAAAUCACGGUGAUUGUAAAGCGGAAAGAAGCCGUGAUGAUCCUAUGCGUAAAUUUUGGGACGAUGAUAAGAGAACUAGAAAAAGAAGAGAAAAAAUGAGAAAAGGAAGGCUCCCAUAUUCUAAUACUUGCCUGUUUGUAUCUACCCGUCGAAGCUGCACGGUACCGUUUAAAGCUGCACAGCUUCGAAUCUUCGCCAAUAUAGGCUUGUGGGUAUUUGAUAGAUUUUUAUAUCGAUGUCGAUUGUAAGAUAUAAGCUGUACUAUAAGCGUGAGUUCUACUUGAUAGCUAUUAUUGAAGGAAAGUAUAAGUCACAAUCUCCUGUUUGUUUGGUUGCUUUCGCUAAUCGCAGUCGCUAAGUCAUAUUUUGUUUCUUGUUGAUAUUGAUCCACAGGUUCAAUUAAAUUCUUGCCAACUUUCAGUGGUGAGAAAUUUAGCUGUGAUUCUUUCUAAAUUUCUCGGAGUAAAAUCUCGUGCUCGAGGCAAUAAUGACAAUUAUUCUCUUGCUCGAGGUAGUAGUGACAAUUAUUUUGCCACUCGAAAUCGUAAAUGUUUCACUCUAUUUUAGAAUGUUCUGAUCUCUUUAUGCAAAGUGAAUAUUUCAAUUGAUUAGAAUGCUUUGAAAGACUUCAGAGUAUGGUUUUAAAGUAAACUUGGUCCUAUAAUGGUUGAAUGCAUCAAAUCUAUUCUUCAAUUUCGAAUGAGAAUAUUCCCUCUGUUAUUUAAAAUGAAAAAUUUACUCUAGAUGAGUGUAAAGUUAUCGAAUCUGAAUAGUUCGGCUGUUUGCUUUUCGAGUGAAAUUUCACUCCGAAAAUGAUUUACAAUGAUUUACAAUGAUUUAGAGUCCAAAUGAGAUCGUGAGAUGAGAUGACGUGAUCAUUGCAAUUUUCUGUUUCUUUCGCACUAAAAUUUACAUUCUUUUGACCUUUUGCGACUUGUAACUAGGAUCUGCGUCACAUUAUUUUUUCUUGCAUCGGAUUUUAUACGGGUUUGAUAUCUGUCGGGUUAACUGUGCGUCUGUUACUUAAUACUUUGAGGAUCGGUGUCCGUAAGCGUUGAUUAAGGCCCGUAUUUAUAGUUAUUUCUUGAGACUUGUUUCAUGUGAGAUAUUUCAGUUGAGUUUUUAAAUUGAAAAUUGUCUUGAGAUGUGACACAGUUCAAUAGACGGAUCUUGAAAAUUAAUUUGGUAUUUCUAACGUCAUAUUCGAUUUGGAAUCGAUAUAUUGAUCACUUCUCAACAUAUAUUUGUUUAAAACCUGACAUAGAAGAAUUGAUUUGAUUAGAGGAAUUGGAAAACCUCAUUUAUUCUUUGCGGCUUUUCAAUUCGAGGGAGAAUGUACUGCAUAACUAAUUCUUUUCGAAAUCUGUAUUUUCUGAUGAACUCAUUUUCGGAUCAUUAUUUAAAAGGAUUUUGUGUAUCUUUGGUAUAACGUUUUGGUAAACGUUGUAAUUCAAUGUGUUCAUUAUAUAUAUCAUAUUCAUUAAAAAUAUCAUAAUUUUUCACCCAGUCUGCACGUUAUUCAUUGAGCUUUAUAAUAUACUGUAAUAAAUCUUCUCUGUACUAAACUAUACAAAUCUG